UUUCUGUGAUUGUUCGCUAAACUGUGCGAACGAGAAUGAACAAAUCUGUUUCGUAAACCUGAUACAAAUGGCCCCCGGGUCCACAGUUCAGCAUUACCUGUAUCUUUUUAACGUUACCCGUUUCGUUCUUUUUUGUGUCUAUGGCGAACUAGUAGGAUAAACGGGCUGAGGAGCGUUGACAUCAUCAAUAGUCAGUCACCCUAACUUUUAUAUAUGACUGAAACAACAACUCGAAUCAACCUACAUAAUGAAUAGUUUAAUUCAUUGAGUCUUAGGAGGACACACAUACACACACUUCAAGAUGCCCCAACAGGAUAUUGUGAAGAUUGCCAUCCAGAUGCCAGGGGCAUACCCUCAGCUCAUUCAACUGGACCAGAAAAAGCCCCUUUCUGCUGUAAUAAAGGAAGUUUGUGAUGGGUGGAAUCUUCCAGGCCCUGAUAACUACGCCCUCCAGUAUGCCGACGGUGUUCAGACCUACAUCACUGAAUCUAACCGUCUGGACAUAAAGAAUGGCUGCAUUCUCCGUCUGACCAAGGCACCGGGCCGUUGUGCCGAGGACCUCUACAAGGGCAUCCAGAGCUCAGACUCAGGUGUGCGCUGUGAUUCGCUGAAGCAGCUGGCCUGCGUGUCCACUGAUGUCACUUUUGCCCAAGAGUUUAUCAGCCGUGAUGGCCACUCUCUGCUGGUGAAGAUCGUAGAGGACGCUGACGAGGCCCCUCUGAUCAUGACCCACACACUGACAGGCUUCAUGGAGUUGAUGGACCAUGGGAUUGUAUCAUGGGAGAAUCUCUCUGCUGUCUUCAUCAAGAAGAUUGCUAACUUCGUCAAUGCCAAGGUGCUGGACGCGUCCAUCCAGCAGGUGUCCCUGGCCAUCCUGGAGAGCAUGGUGCUGAGCAGCAGCAGCCUCUUCCAGCAGGUCAAGCAGGAGGUCACUCUGGAGAGACUCCUCUCACAUCUACAGGUGACAAACCAACAGAUUCAAACCAAAGCCAUGGCCCUCCUCAUGGCUCUACUACAGACUGCUGGAGAUGCAGACAGACAGGAGCUGUUUGCCUUCUUAGGAAUGAAGAAUCUUCGACAGUACAUCUAUAAGAACAUUAUCCAUAGUUCUGCCUCCGUGGGGGAUGAGAUGGCCCACUACCUGUAUGUCCUUCAGUCUGUCACUCUGAACCACCUGGAGCCUCGCAUGAGGAUGCCCCUGGACUCCUACAACCAGGACCAGAGGGAGAUUCUACACGGCCUGCGGCAGGCAGCCUUCGAGACGGAGAGUGAGAACAGCUUGAGUCAUGAGCGACGGCGCUCUCUCUGUGCCAAGGAGUUCAAGAAGCUGGGCUUCUCUAACAACAGUAACCCAGGUCAGGACCUGCUGCGGGCCCCUCCUGGCCUGCUGGCUCUGGACACUAUGGCCUACUUCGCCUCCCGCUACCCCGAUGCCUACAGCAGGUUUGUUCUAGAAAACAGCAGUAGGGAGGAUAAGCACGAGUGUCCAUUCGCCCGUAGCAGCAUCCAGCUGACUCUCAUCUUGUGUGAGAUCCUACGCAUCGGAGAGCCCCCCUCAGAGACUGGUUCAAACUACCACCCCAUCUUCUUCUCUCAGGACCGGCUGCUAGAGGAGCUUUUCUGCGUCUGCAUCCAGCUGAUCAACAAGACCUGGAAGGAGAUGAGAGCCACGCAGGAGGACUUUGACAAGGUAAUGCAGGUUGUGCGUGAGCAGAUCACUAGGACUCUGUCCAGUAAGCCCACGUCUCUGGAGCUGUUUAAGAACAAGGUGAAUGCUCUGAACUACAGUGAGAUCCUCAAACUACGCCAGACAGAGCGGCUGCACCAGGAGGAGACCCUCGCGCCGCCUGUAUUAGAGCUGAAGGAGCGUCUGAAGCCUGAGCUGUUGGAGCUGAUUCGCCAGCAGAGACUGAACCGCCUGUGUCAGGGAACCCUCUUCCGCAAGAUCAGCAGUCGACGAAGACAGGAUAAGUUGUGGUACUGUCGUUUGUCACCCAAUCACAAAGUCCUGCACUUUGGCGAUGUGGAGGAGGACACAGAAACACCCCCCAUCGAGAGUCUCCAGGAGAAGAUUCCUGUUGCAGAUAUCAAAGCACUGCUGACAGGGAAAGACUGCCCUCACAUGAAGGAGAAUAAGGGCAAACAGACCAAGGAAGGGUUGGACCUGGCUUUCAGCAUCACUUAUGACGUGGAGGAGUACAGCCUCAACUUUAUCGCCUCAUCCAGAACAGAUUUCUGCCUGUGGACAGAUGGACUGAGCGUGCUCCUGGGGCGGGACAUGAGUAGUGAAUGCAUGAGGAGUGAGCUGGAUAUCCUGCUUUCCAUGGAGAUCAAGCUCCGCCUCCUGGACCUGGAGAACGUGCCCAUCCCAGACUGCGCCCCCCCGGUGCCCAAACCCCCCAGCAACUUCAACUUCUGCUAUGACUUAAGCCAGGCUGAGCAGUAGGCCUGGAGAGAGGUCAAGGCAUGGUAGAGGAGGAGACCUGGGGCCUGUUCAGGAGGAUGUAACGUUACAGAAUGUUCGGAUAGAAAUACAUGAUCAUCUGUCCUAUGGAAUAGGGGUGCAUGUCAGUUCUAUUCAUUCUAUUUCUAUCUGCAACGCUCAGAAUGUUUCAUGUCACUGAAUGUACCCAAUAACGACCAAGCAUGUGGACAUAGCUGGAUACAAAGGAGGAACAGUGGCAACAUGGAGGCCUGGAUGGACAUAAAGAUGAUCUAAAGCAGAGGCAAAGGUGUCUUCUUCUAUGGGCGGAGUAAUGUGGAAGACGAGAGGCUGAAGAGGAUUCCUUAGGUACUGUUAGAGUGAUCAUCUUUUUGGGUGUGGUCCCAGGCACACAAAUGUAUUGUAACUGUAGAAUUGAAAAACAGAAAAGAAAACGCUGCACACUGCUGCACCCAGGUGAUAUUUAUUUAUAACAACGUUUCAACCCUUAGGUCUUCAUCAGGCAUCCAUAUCCCAGGUGGGGGUGGAAGGUCCUAUAUAUAGGGGCAGUUCUCAGUGACAUCACUUCCUGAAACAGGAGGUAAAAAAUAUAUAACAUAGGUUGACAAUAUUAACAUUCAAUGUAUCAAAAUAUAUGAUCAUACACAAUGUGAUCAAUAUUUACAGUAAUAUAUAUAUAUACAUACAAUAUUCAAUUAGGAUUAAAAAAUAAAUAAUAAUUUGGACAUUUUGAAACUAUAAAAACUGUUUUCAAGAAAUUACCCACAAAAUGACAAGUGGCUUCUGAAGGGAGUUAUGUUUUCUAUAGUUGAAUGCUUGAUACUUUAGCAUUACUUGUCUUCAGCGUUUCUCCCAUUCUUACUUCGGUCUUCAACUCUCCAUGGCUCCAGUCCUUCACAGUCCUCUGUGUAUUGUGUUUGGACGGAGUUAAUGUUUCGUUUUGGUCAUAUCUGUGUUUAAGUUUUUUUAGUUUUUAGUUUUUCAACUUUUUGGGGGGUUUCCAUAAACUGAUACCUUCGUGAAACAGGCGGCAUGACAGCUCUUCUGAACAUACUGAACCAAAGGAUUGAAACAGAACAAACCAAUACAUAUAUAUCUUUGUAUAUAUAUAUGCCUCUGAGACAGAAUCACUUGUUUUGACGUUUACAUUUUACAUUUUUACAUUUCAGUAAUUUAGCAGACGCUCUUAUCCAGAGCGACUUACAGGAGCAAUUACAGUUAAGUGCCUUGCUCAAGGGCACAUCGACCCUUGAGCACCUAGUUGACAUGGUACUGAACAACUUGACCUCCUACACCAACAGAAUCCUGUCUAGCAGAUUGUAACGGGCUUUAGAAGUCUUUACAGGAUAGGUACAGUUUGGCGUAGCACAUAGCAUUUUCCACCAACCUUAAAGGGAUUCUCUGGUACUUUUGUAUACUUUUUAGACAGUAGUUCUGGUAGUAGCACCCAUGAGCCAAAAGUGGUCCCCGAAAAUUGCGUAAUACAUCACAUGUGCAGAUAUGUGUACCACGUCAUCACAUUAGCCCGUUACAAUCUGCUAGCUAGCAGAAUUCUUUCUCCCUGUUCUAAAGUGGUACUUUAAUAAUUUGAAGACAGAAACAAGAAAAUAGAGAUAAUCAGGCAUCAAGCCUGGUAGAAUCCCUAUUUAUAAUAUAUUAAAUAUCCUUUAUAUGUACAGUGCCUUCGGAAAGUAUUCAGACCCAGUGACUUUUUCCACAUUUUAUGUUACAGACUUACACACAAUACCCCAUAAUGACAAUGCGAAAACAGGUUUUUAGACAUUUUUGCAAAUGUAUUAAAAAUUUAAAACAGAAAUACCUUAUAUGCAUAAGUAUUCAGAUCCUUUGCUAUGAGACUCGAAAUUGAGCUCCGGUGCAUCCUGUUUCCAUUGAUCAUUGUUUCUAUAACUUGAUUGGAGUCCACCUGUGGUAAAUGCAAUUGAUUGGACAUGAUUUGGAAAGGCACACACCUGUCUAUAUAAGGUCCCACAAUUGACAGUGCAUGUCAGAGCAAAAACCAAACCAUGAGGUCGAAGGAAUUAUCCGUAGAGCUCCACGACAGGAUUGUUUCGAGGCACUGAUCUGGGGAAGGGUACCAAAAAAUGUCUGCAGCAUUGAAGGUUCCCAAGUACACAGUGGCCUCCAUCAUUCUUAAAUGGAAGAAGUUUGGAACCUCCAAGACUCUUCCUAGAGCUGGCCGCCCAGCCAAACUGAGCAAUCAGGGCACAAGGGCCUUGGUCAGGGAGGUGACCAAGAACCCGAUGGUCACUCUGUGGAGAUGGAAGAACCUUCCAGAAGGACAACCAUCUCUGCAGCGCUCCAUCAGUCAGACCUUUAUGGUAGAGUGGCCAGACGGAAGCCACUCCUCAGUAAAAGGAAUAUGACAGCCUGCUUGGGUGUUUGCCAAAAGGCACCUAAAGACUUUCAGACCAUGAGAAACAAGAUUCUCUGGUCUGAUGAAACCAAGAUUGUACUCUUUGGCCUGAAUGCCAAGCGUCACAUCUGGAGGAAACCUUGCACCAUCCCUACGGUGAAGCAUGGUGGUGGCAGCAUCAUGCUGUGGGGAUGUUUUUCAGCGGCAGGGACUGGGAGACUAGUCAGGAUCGAGGCAAAGAUGAACGGAGCAAAGUACAGAGAGAUCCUUGAUGAAGACCUGCUCCAGACCUCAGACUGGGGACAACGACCCUAAGCAUACAGCCAAGACAACGCAGGAGUGGCUUCGGGACAAAUCUCUGAAUGUGCUUGAGUGGCCCAGCUAGAGCCCGAUCUAACAUCUCUGGAGACCUGAAAAUAGCUGUGCAGCAACACUCACCAUCCAACCUGACAGAGCUUGAGAGGAUCUGCAGAGAAGAAUGGUAGAACCUCCCCAAAUACAGGUGUGCCAAGCUUGUAGUGUCCUACCCAAGAAGACUUGAUUCUGUAAUCGUUGCCAAAGGUGCUUCAACAAAGUACUGAGUAAAGGGUCUGAAUACGUAUGUAAAUGUGAUAUUUCAAUUUUAAAUUGUUAAACUGUUUUUUAUUUGUCAUUAUGUGGUAUUGUGUGUAGAUUGAUGAAAAAAAAAAUUUUUUUUCAAUUUUAGAAUAAGGCUGUAACGUAACAAAAUGUGAAAAAAGUCAAGGGGUCUGAACACUUUCCGAAGGCACAGUAUGUGCAGAUAGCAUUUUAAUUAGUUCCAUUUGCUUAUGAACCCUUUGAUGAGAAUACCUCAGAGAUACUCACAUGGGCUGAUGAUCAUGAUUGAUCUUCUGUACGUUUUACUUAAGGUUGCCAUAAGGUUUGAUGGCUAACAUUCAAACGGUACUGUCUUAGGCAAUGGGCUUUUGUGCUUUUAUUGGUGUUGAGAGCUUGAUCAACGAUACAAUCACCUUCCAUAUGCUCUUAGGUACUAUUCAAGCUACAGAUAAGGUAGCUUAAGAUACAGAUAAUGUAGCUAAGGUACAGAUAAGUAUUUUGUAUCACUGACAAAUGAUUUAGCUUCAAGCACCAUAUAUUUAUCUCUGCUAUUAAUUAAUUCUGCCUGGUAACCUUUUUUGCUCUGGAGCUGAGGGCAAAAGCUCUUAAAGGUCCAUUAUGAAUUUCAGUCCAUACUAAAUGGAUAUUAGUUCAACAUUGAUAUUGUUGUAGGGUACUUGGGAUUUAUUUUCAUGACAAUAUGAAUGAUUCUGAUAAAUACAUCUGACCAUCCAAUUUUACUGUAAUCUAUUGUAAAACAGUAAACAAAUGUCCUAUCAGUAUGGUGGACCUUCAACUUUUCAUAUUCAAAAUCUCAAUGGCCAGUGAGACGGGUAAAAAGGUAAACUCAUAAUAAUGGGUUUUUGUAGCCAGUUCCUUAGCCAGUGAUCUGGGGUGAUUUUGCUGUUCAUUGCAAGUGUGUUCAUGUUAAACACACAAUAAUCUCCAUGGUAACCCCUAAUGUAUGCUUUACUAAGAUUAGGGUUGACAUGAAUAAAUAUGAUUUAUACAGAU